AUUUUUUUAGAUAUCUCAUACUCAUAUAUGGUUAUACUUAACCGAUUUCAUUUCAGAUAACCAUUCCACUAAUAAAAUGUCCAACAUGCAAUCCGACUGGAAUGGCGAGAUGCCACUUGAAGAGUUCCACGCCAUUGCGAAAGAUGCCGCCCAGAACACGCCGAAAGAGGCUCCAACCCCACAGCCAAUUGGUUCCCCUUCUCUCGACGUGAGAUGUGGCCCAACCCUCCGUUACUGUGGUAGCAUGGAAAACGGCACCAACAACUACAGAGGUUCUAUCUUACUUGUUGUCAAAGGAGAAACUGCCCCUAGCAUUACGUUUGCUCUCGGUGCCAGUCGCGAUAAUUCUUCCACUACCGAUGGAGAGUUCCCGGCUACCAAGAUCUACUCGGAAGAAGAGUUCAACUUCUACCGCUUCGAAAUCUCCUUGGAGUUGCAAGAAUACGAACAGCAGAUCAGAUACGCGGUCAAUGGCGAGCAUAGACCUCAGUACCAGUUCUACCUCCCAUCUAUUCACCAGUCCAUGAAUAUUGUUUCUUACUCCUGUAACGGCUUCAGUUUGGGGACUCCCCCAGAUAAAUUCAAAGGCUCGUUAUGGCACGAUGUCUUGCGCAAGCACUCCAAGUUACCCUACCAUGUCAUGAUCGGUGGCGGGGAUCAGAUCUAUUCUGAUUCGGUCAAGAUUAAGUGUGAAACCUUGAAGGCCUGGACAGAGGAACAUAACCCAAUCAAGAAGCAUCUGGCCGGCUCCUCCCCGGAGCUUGUGGCUGAACUCAAGCACUACUACCUUAACCACUACUUGGACUGGUUCGGAACGGGGUUCUGGGAGGGUCUCAACGGGACCACUUUGCAGACUUCCUUCACCCUCGCGAUGUCCCUGAUUCCUAGCAUCAACAUUUUUGAUGAUCACGACAUCAUCGAUGGGUUUGGUAGCUAUGCUGACAAGACCAUGGUCAGUCCUGUGUUUAAAACCGUGGGUAAUGUGGCUUACAAGUACUACAUGCUCUUUCAGCACCACACUCACUUAGACGAGCCUGUCCACGGCUCUGCGGAACCGUCUUGGAUCUUGGGUAAAGCCCCCGGACCGUUUAUUGAACAGAAAUCGCAUUCCACCUACAUGCGCUUGGGUAAGGAGAUUGGGUUUUUGGGGCUUGAUUGCCGUACAGAGCGUAAAAAGCACCAGAUCGUACGUGAAGACACCUACACGCUUGUCUUCCAAAGACUCCAAAAAGAGGUUGAGGCUGCUGGGGGGGCCAUCAAGCACUUUUUGGUAUUGCUUGGUGUGCCAAUUGCCUACCCCCGUUUAGUCUGGGUGGAAAAGAUUCUCAAUUCCAAGUUACUUUUUCCUCUUCGGAAGCUUUCGCAGAAGGGAAUUGUCGCCAAGGGUCUUGUCAAUGAGUUUGAUGGUUCAGUCGAGCUUUUGGACGAUUUAGAGGAUCAUUGGUGUUCUAUGCACCACAAGCAUGAACGUAACUGGUUUAUUGCUCGUCUUCAAGAAUUUGGAGCUGCCAAUGGGAUCAGAAUUUCCAUCUUGUCUGGCGAUGUUCAUUUGUGUUGCAUUGGCCGUUUCAAAACCAAGUUACACCACCACUUAAUGCAAUCGGUAAAGUACGAUGAGAGGAACAAGAUGGUGUUGAAUAACCCAGAGAACGACCCCCGUUUGAUGUUUAAUAUCAUUUCCUCCGCAAUCGUCAAUGGUCCACCACCAAACCCAAUGGCCACGUUGUUGUUGAAGCGCACCAAGGUCCACAGGUACGAUCACUCCACAGAUGAAGAUAUAAUUCCGUUAUUUACCCAUGAUGUGAACGGUGAGAAGAGAGAAAAUACUCUGUUCUUGAACAAGCGUAACUGGUGCGAUAUCGUGCCAUUGGCUAAUCACGAUCAAAGACAGAAGGAGGUGAAGGAAUUUAACGUUGAUGGUGUCAAGUAUCUCCGUUGUAUUCCAGGACCAACAAAAGGUAACGUGGAUUUAGAUAUCAACCGGAACCCCGAUGCUAAGCAGAAUGAGAAUUUGCCAGCGUACCCGUUGACCGAAAGCUCUCUUAUUGUCAACCUACAUGUUGAGAAGGACCCGGAGGAUUUGGAGUCGGAAACUUUUGACUACGAGUUAGUGGUUCCAGAAUUACUUGAGAAACAUAGCUUGGAAGAAGUAGGGGUCAAGGUAUUGUAACACGAUUGUAUACUUUUUUUUUUUGACCAGCCGGGGUAUGGGGUUAGUGCCAGUCUGUCAAC